UUUUUUUCCGCCCCGCCCCAUUCAUUCUUCCAAUUCUUCAGUAUUCACUAUUCAUUUCCUGUGUUUCACUGGAGUCCAGGCCAGCCUGAUCGAGCUUGAACCAUUGGCGCAGUCACAGACUAACCCCAAUUAGAUCCUCUAAUUUCACGCCAUCUACGGAGUACUCUAAAAUCAAAACAGAAACUAUCCUCUCCAAUCCCAUCUAUCCCCAUCACACGAACCACAAAAAUCGCAGCCAUGGCCACCACAAUACCACCAACGCAAUCCAACACCCUCGAACCCUCCGCCCUAACAACCCUCCUCUCCUCGACCCCCCCCUCAACACCUCUCUCCGCAAGCACAAUCCAAAUCCUCCACAACCUCCAACACCAACACCUCUGGACCUCCCUCCGCGUACACGACCUCCACCUCCCCAGCCCCGACACAAAUACACCCAGCGAACCCCUCUACCUCAUUUCCGGCAUCCCCCCACACCACGUCUACACUCAUCCAGAUGAGCAGCUAUUCAUGCUCGAGCGCGGUCUGCGCGAUGAGGACGUCGAGCUAGAGCGCAUGUUCGUGUUGCCCACCGUGGAGGGCCAGUCGUGGAGUUUGCGCAAGAUGGCGGGCGUGUUUGAUUCGUUGCCCGAGGGGGGUGCGGAUGAGGCGAAUAGGGAGGUGGAGGUGGAGGGAGAGAAGGCGGAUAAGUUGAGGGAGUAUUAUGAGUAUCGGGAGAAGGAAAGGGCGACAAGGGAGUGGGGUGGGAAGAGGUUGUUGUUGGCUAUGGUGGAUAGGCAGAUGGGAGGCGAUGGCACGGUCGUGUACUAUGUCGUGCAUGAUGGUGCGGUCAAGCCGAGGCAGAAUUAAGGUGGCUACACUGGGCCAGUGGGAGCAGCUUACAACAAGUCCUCCAAUUUCUCAGUCAAAUCGAAUAUAUACACGGAGACAGCAACAAGAUUGGCCGGGCCAAUUUC